AUGGCUUCCUAUAAGAUUUUCUUCCCCAUUAUCCUUGUUAGCAUAUUCAGUUUUAUAACUACUGAAGCACUUGACGACCCUCUUUAUCUAUACCAUUAUUGCUCCAGCAACAGAACCACAACCAAUACCUCAUUCGAAUUGAACCUUAGGACUCUCCUUUCUUCCUUAACAUCUAACGCCACUGGCAGCACCCAAUUCUACAACACCACAUUCAUUGGCGAAAACCCCUCAGACUCAAUCUAUGGAUUGUUCAUGUGCAGGUGUGACAUCCCCUCUCAGCUCUGUCAACAAUGUGUUAUAAAUGCAACCCAGAAACUUUCCUCAGAGUGCUCCUUAUCCAAAGAAGGUGUGAUUUGGUACGACGAGUGCAUGGUUUGGUAUUCCACCACCUAUUUCUUCUCCACCCUUGCCACAAAGCCUAGUUUUUACCUGUUGAACACAGACAAUGUCUCAAACCCUGAAAGCUUCAUGCAUUUAUUGUUUUUGACCAUGAAUGAAACUGCUGAUGAAGCAGCUCGUGCUCCUAUUGGUCACAAGAAAUAUGCAACAAAGGAAGCAAUUGUGUCUGGAUUUCGAUCCCUUUAUUGUCUAGCUCAGUGCACACCAGAUCUUUCACUCCAUGAUUGCAGAACAUGUCUUAGUGGAGCAAUAAUGGAACUUUCAUCGUGCUGUGAAGGAAGGAUAGGUGGUGGAGUUCUUAACCCAAGCUGUAAUAUUAGGUAUGAAAUGUACCCCUUUUAUCUCUCCUCUGUUCCCUCAUCAAUGCCUGCACCAAUGCUUGUUCCUGUAACACAUACUUCAGAUGCAGAUACAAGAUUUUCAGAAGACCCUGUUUAUCUUUCACACAAUUGUUCAAGUAAUAAAACCUUCACUACCAACAGCACUUUCCAAAUAUACCUCAAGACCCUCUUCUCUUACUUGUCUUCCAAUGCUACCAGUGGCAAUGGAUUUCAUAACGUUAAUGUUGCUGACACAGUGUUUGGCCUCUUCAUGUGCCGAGGUGAUGUCCCCUCUCUUCUCUGUGAACAAUGUGUCCUAAACGCAACACAUCAAAUAUCCUCAGAGUGCCACUUGUUCCAAGAGGCUAUAAUUUGGUACAGUCACUGUUUGCUUCGUUAUUCCUAUUGGAAUUUCUUCAGCGUAGUAAACAGAAGUCCUAUAUUUUUCAAGUUGAAUAUCACCAGUACCUCAAGCCCCAAUCAGGAGCAAAGCUUCUUCAAUUUUGCAGUAUCGAAUGCAUUAUCAGAAGUGGCAAUCAUGGCAGGGGACAGUGACAAGAGAUAUGGAACAAAGUCAUUAAAGUUGAAUGACUUACAAACCGUUUAUAGUCUUGCUCAAUGUACACAAGAUUUGUCUAGUGAUGAUUGCAAGGGGUGUCUAGCAGAUGUCAUUGGAACAGAAAUCCCAUGGUCUCAUUUGGGAAGCGUAGUGGGGAGAGUUCUAUAUCCUAGCUGCAAUCUCAGGUUUGAAUUGGUCCAAUUUUACAGAGAUGGUGACCAAGCUCAGCCACCCACGCCAGCUAGUCCUUCUCCAUCAAGACCCGCAGAAAAAAUGAAGGGCCGGUCUAGAACAAUAAUAUUGAUUGUUGUGCCCACAUUUGUUUCGGUGUUGUUCUUCUUGUUUGGCUGCUAUGUUCUAAAGAGAAAAGCACGAAAGAGCCAUAAGACUAUUCUUAGAGAAAACUUUGGUCAUGAAAGUUUCACUCUGGAGCAGCUGCAAUUCGAUUUGGCUGUGAUUGAAGUAGCAACCAAUGACUUUUCAGAUGAGCAUAUGAUUGGCAAAGGUGGAUUUGGAGAAGUUUACAAGGGCAUUCUUCUUGAUGGACGACAAAUAGCUGUAAAAAGACUCUCAAGAAGUUCUAAACAAGGUGUUAAUGAGUUCAAGAAUGAAGCUUUAUUGAUAGCGAAGCUUCAACAUAGAAAUAUAGUGGAAUUCAUUGGCUUUUGUGUUGAUGAACGAGAGAAAAUGCUUAUUUAUGAAUAUGUGCCCAAUAGGAGCCUUGACUACUUUUUAUUUGAUUCUCAGAGGAAAAAGUUGUUAAGCUGGUUUGAACGUUAUAAUAUUAUACGAGGAAUUGCUCAAGGAAUUCAUUAUCUACAUGAACAUUCUCGACUCAAAGUUAUACAUCGUGACCUAAAACCUAGUAAUGUUCUCUUAGAUGGCAAUAUGAUUCUAAAAAUUUCUGAUUUCGGUUUGGCUAGAAUUGUUGAAAUGAAUGAAGACCAUGGAAGUACAAAUAGAAUUUUUGGAACAUAUGGUUAUAUGUCUCCGGAAUACGCAAUGCUCGGGCAAUUUUCUGAGAAAUCAGAUGUCUUUAGUUUUGGAGUCAUGGUUUUAGAGAUUAUUACUGGAAAAAAGAAUGUAGGUUCAUAUGAAUCACAUUGUGUUGCUGGUGGCCUCUUGAGUUAUGUUUGGAGACAGUGGAAGGAUCAAACACAACUAAGUAUAUUGGACUCGUAUAUUAAGGAAAAUUAUUAUGAAAUUGAAGUCAUUAAGGGCAUUCAAAUUAGUUUAUUAUGUAUUCAACAGGACCCUAAUGCUAGACCUACAAUGGCAAUCGUUGUUUCAUAUCUUAGCAGUGAUUUUAUUGAAUUACCAACUCCACAAGAACCUGCAUUUGUCUUGCACAAUGAAAUGAGUCCAAAAUCAUUUGUAGAUGAAUCAUGUUCCAGUCAAUCUAUCAACAAUCCCACACCAUUCUCUAUCAAUGAAAUGUCUAUAACCGAAUAUCUUCCUCGAUAG